AGGAUUUAUGAGAAAAAGGGGACGAAGAAGAAAAGGAGAAAGAGAAACAACCCAGUGUUGAGUGUCAGUUUUAUCUGUCUGACUUCGUGCACAUGACAGAGACAUUCUGCUACAAGAAGAAACUGUGGCACUGCAGAAAUCUCAUGUGUUGCAGCUUAACUGCUCAGAGAAACAACGAAAAUGGGAACAGCUUUAAUUUAUGACGAAGAGAUGACCAAUUACAAACUGCUCUGGGUUGAUCCAGCGUGUAAGAUAGAAGUGCCUGAGCGUCUGACUGUGAGUUAUGAGGCCCUGGUCGAGAGCGGUCUGGCUGAUCGUUGCAUGUCUAUACCUGUCCGCGAGGCAACGGAUGCAGAUAUUUUGCUGGUUCACAGUGAGGAUUACCUGGAUGCAGUGAAGACGACCCCGUACAAGACUCUAGAGGAACUGAAGGAGUUCACCCUGCAGUUUGGUGAUGUCUACUUCCACCCAAACAUCUAUCACUGUGCCAAGCUGGCUGCAGGAGCUGCACUGCAACUAGUGGACAGUGUUUUGACAGGGAAGAUGAGGAAUGGCAUGGCUCUGGUCAGACCACCAGGACACCACAGUAUGUGCAGUGCUGCCAGUGGUUUCUGUGUGUUCAACAAUGUGGCCAUAGCAGCUAAAUAUGCCAAGCAAAAAUAUGGAGUUAAAAGGGUGUUGAUAGUUGACUGGGAUAUACAUCAUGGCCAAGGGGUGCAGUACUGUUUUGAAGAUGAUCCAAGUGUGCUCUACUUCUCAUGGCAUCGCUACGAGCAUCAGAAAUACUGGCCUCAUCUUAGAGAAUCUGACUUUGACAUUGUUGGCAAAGAGAAGGGGGCUGGAUUUAAUAUAAAUGUACCAUGGAACAAGGUCGGAAUGCAGAACAGUGACUAUCUUUCCGUCUUCUUUCACAUCCUCCUGCCGGUCGCAUAUGAGUUCUCCCCAGACUUGGUACUGGUGUGCGCAGGCUUUGACUCUGGCAUCGGUGACCCAGAGGGUAAAAUGUGUGCCACUCCAGACAUCUUUGCCCACCUCACUCACCUCCUGAUGAACCUUGCGGGAGGCAAAGUGUGUGCAGUUCUAGAGGGAGGGUACAAUCUGACUUCUCUCGCCCAGUCUGUCUGUCAGACCGUUCAGACACUGCUUGGAGAUCCUGUACCACGACCCUCAAACCUGGAUGGUCCCUGUAAAAGUGCACUUGAGUCCCUUCACUGUGUCCGAUCAGCUCACAGACGGUACUGGUCCUCCAUCAGACAUGCAGCUGAUCUUCCCUCCUGUGAAAUCAGCACCAAACACAUUAAGUUAGCAGAAGACAAGUUGGAUAAGGAAGAAGAAGAGAAAAGUGCAGAGGAAGAGGUGUGGCCACAGCCUCCAAAACGAGUCCCUUCUGCCAUCCGUACUGCUGUUGUGCUCCCAGAGGGUGUGGCUUGCCCAGACAGAUGUAAAUGCCUCAUGUCAGCAGAGGACCCCGACCCACUCAUUGCCAACAAAUUCAGGGAGAAUUUCCUCAAAGAUGCGGAUGACAGCGAUGCUCUCACAACACUCUCCAGUCUUAUUGCUCUUGCAGAGCGAAUGGAGAAGAAUGAGAUCUGCAGUGGCUUGGCGCUGGUCCGUGACAUCUCCAUGGCGAUAAUGUGUGUCAUCCAGCACACUGCAGCUGCCCUCAGCAACCGGGUUUUAGUUGUGUGUGUUGGAGACGGGAAGGUCCCGAGUCACGGCACAGAUGAUGGGAAGACACUCGUGGUGCAGUUCAGCAGCAAGAAGUCUGAGGAACAGAAAUGCAAAUAUUAUAUCCCUGUGUGUCUGAAGAAGGGCUGCCAGGACGCAUCAGGGUUCAUGCAGGCCGUGUUAGGUCUCCUCCUGCCACUGGGGUAUGAGUACGACCCCAGUCUGGUUCUGUUGGUUAAGAUGCCAGAUAGCGGACUGUGUGACACUGUGUGGAAACAACUAAUAGGUCUGUUGCAGGGCCUCGCACAAGGGCACACACUAGUACUCAUGCAGGACGUUGAGAGGGCCUGUGUCGGCCCCACAGCCUCCUCCCUCCUUGGUGAUGCUGCCCCCUCUUUGGGGCAGCUUCACGCUCCUCUACCUGAGGAUGUGGAGGCCGUGGAAAGUCUGAGACACAGGCUGAAGGCUGACUGGAAACUACUGCAGACCACAGCACCAGAAACCAGAGGAGCUGAUGAGCAUUGAAGUCAGUCCUGCUUCUGUUUGUGAGAAACAUCAGAUGAAACUCAUCAGUCAAAUGUUUUGAUGAAAUUCUGUAAUUGAUCUUUUGAUCCAACAUGUUCUGCCCUAAAAUAUAUAUUUUUCCACAUGCAUGAUUGUGCCGGUGUGUGAAUAUGCUGCAUCUUAAAUUGAUGUGAUCAAUCAACAAACUGAUCAGGUUGAAAAGUUGGUAGUAAUCGAAAUAUUAUAGAGCCUAAAAAUGACAUAUAGAUGUGGAUGGAUGCAUCUUAUUACAGGACUGUCAUGCACCUUAAGACUAGUUUGCAGGAAGAAUGGGACAAAUUUACACCUGACACGCUUAAUCACUUGGUGUCCUCAGUCCCUAAACGUCUUUUAAGUGUUGUGAAAAGGAAGUUCGACAUCACACUGUGGUAAAUGAUUUACUGUCACUAUUGGAGUGUUGCAGGCAUCAGAAUUGAAGUGUGUUUAUUUUGAACAAAGAAUAAAAUUGAUGAGGU